AUAACUACUAUAGGUUCCUGAAUGCAAGCUUCCCAGGAAAUGUUUUGUGUUCAGAUUUUGAGGUUAAAUCCAUCCAUCCAUCUUUUGCUUUAAGGCAGAAUGGUUCUGAGGCACUCCAGGUGUUGUUGUGAAAUAGGGAGGAGCUUUUACUUUGAAGAAUUCUGGGAAAGCUAUUACAAUUUCCUGAACCUAAAGAUGUAAAUACUCUUCUAAUCUACAGUCAGAAUGGAGCCAUCUGCCACUGGCAUGUGUGGAGAGGAUUUUCAGGCUGAUAAUCAACCAGUUUGACAUCAUUAUAAAUGUACUUGCCUUAGCCAUCAAGCCCUGAGAUGCGUUUCAUGCUGCUUUUCAGCCGUCAAGGCAAAUUGAGGCUCCAGAAGUGGUAUACUCCGUUGCUUGAUAAGGAGAAGAAAAAGGUUACUCGGGAACUUAUUCAAAUUGUGCUGUCUCGACAAUCCAGAAUGUGUAGUUUUGUUGAAUGGCGAGAUCUGAAAAUUAUUUAUAAAAGGUUUGCUAGUUUAUAUUUCUGUUGUGCAAUAGAGGAACAGGACAAUGAGCUUCUGACUCUAGAAAUCAUUCAUCGUUAUGUGGAACUUCUGGAUAAGUAUUUUGGAAAUGUUUGUGAACUGGACAUUAUUUUUAAUUUUGAAAAGGCCUAUUUCAUACUGGAUGAAUUUUUAAUUGGAGGAGAAUUGCAGGACACCUCAAAGCAAAGUAUACCAAAAGCAAUAGAAGAAGCAGAUAUGCUCCAAGAGACCAUGGAAGAAUAUAUGGCUAAACCAACAUUUUAACUUGGACAUUGAAGAACUGGAAGAUAUAGUUGAGAAGUUCAACCUAUGCAUAAACCUACAGUGACUUAAAAUUUAGAUAUUUACAUUUUGUUGCUGCAUCACACUAUAGAAGAAUGUCAUCCAAAUUGCAGCUAACACUGUGCAAUAUUGAGGCAAUUUUUUUUCAUGUUUUGAUAUUUUAAUGUACUCUUCACUCUACACUUUCGGUUAGCAGGAGGUUUUUCACUACCUUUUCUUUAAAAAAAAUACAGUCCUUCUUGAAUUAGAUCACAUUGUAUUUCCGCCACUGUCAUUCAGAAAUAUUCUAUUUUAUAGAAACCAAUCAAUCUGCCACAUGUGCUUCUCAUCGUAAAUAAAGCACUUAAUCGUGAA